AUGUCAAUGGGAUGCUUGCGCUGCUGUUCUACAGAGAGGUCAUUUGAUAAGAGUGGUCAUGACUUUGCAACGGGUUCUGGUAGACCAUCAAUUGAAGAAACUCAAAUCGUUCGGCGAAAACCAAGCCGUCAACUCGCCACACUAAACUGGAUAAAUUUGGAAAAAAUGCGUCUUAAAGGCUUAAAGCACAGCAAGCCGAUGGUAUUUGAUGAGAUACCAUCGCUAUGGGCGGUACAAGUUGUGCGGAUGAUCCUGAUCCAGUUUGUUUCGACACCAAACUGGGACUUGGGAUACCAUAGUGGGACAGGGACUGGUUAG